AUGGCAAGACAACGGAAAGAUCCCGUCACCAAGGUCAGACUCAGGCAACCUGACCGAUCGGGCCCGAAGGAGAAGACGCUGCUGGAGAUUGCCCAGGAGAGGAAUCUCUUUGCCGAGGCCGAGAAGCGACAAAAUGCGCUGAGGAAGAAAACCGGAAAGUCCGGGACUGUUGAUGGGAACAGCAGCAGCGAGGAUGACGAAGAGGACGACGAAGAGGAUGAGGAGAAACGCUUGUCUCCGACCGCCGAGCGCAUUCUCGAGACGAUGCUCUGGGCUUCGUGUCUGUCAAUGCUGCACUUUACACUCGAUGUGCUGGUCCAGCACCAGUAUUCGGCUGACCGUGUGGUAUGGCCCACGGUCUGGACGAGGUUCUUCCAGGCUCUUCUUGUCUUCGGAUUACUGGUUUAUACCCUCCACCCUCACCCAUCGAAACCGACGCUCGUACCUGGCCUACCCUUGCGAUAUCAGUCGGUCCUGAGGCAGUCCUUCUUUUUCGUUUGCAGCAUAUGCGCCGGCUGCUACAUGAUUCAUAUUACGAAUAUGUUCGGGUAUCUGGCAGUCAUGAAGCAGGCGCCGUCUCUCGGGUGUCUCUGGGUGUGGUCCGUGAUCGAACUCGAACUCCCCUGGGCUGUUCUCAGCCUUGUUGGAGCCGGGGGCUUUCUGUGGCUCAACGGCUAUGACAUCAAAUGA